AUGGGCUCCACCCAUCACCCCCUCUCCAUAGCCAUAAUGGGAGGCGGCAUAGCCGGCCUCGCCCUCGCCGCCGCCCUCGUCAAAAAACCCCACCUCGACAUCCACGUCUACGAAGCCGUCUCUGCCCAUUCCGACGUCGGCGCCGGCCUGGCCCUCCACCGCAACGCCCUCGCGGCCAUGGCGCUUCUCGGACCGGAGGUCCACCAGGCUUACCUCGACAAGGCGAUCAACAUCGGCGAGGACGCGGAAGCGGAAAUGGCGACUGACAUCUUUUUUGCUUGUGGGCCUCACGCCAACACGGGAGCUGACCAGGAACCGGUCGCCGAGCUGGGGAGGGCAAAAGGACGAAAGAGCGUCAGUCGGGCGGACCUGUUGGCUGGGUUGCUUGGGUUGGUGCCGGGGGACAAGGUGAGCUUUGGGAAGAGACUGACAAAGAUUUGGGAGGAGGAGGAGGAGGAGGGGGAGGGGAAGGUCAAGUUUGAGUUUGGGGAUGGGACAAAGGGGGAGGCGGAUUGUGUUUUGGGGGCGGAUGGGAUACAUUCGGUUGUUAGGGGUUAUGUCGUUGGGGAGGACCAUCCGGCGAGACACCCGGUUAAUCACGACAGGUGGCAGGUUUAUCGGACGGUGGUUGCCACCGAGGACGCCAUCGAGGCCGGGGUGGAGGAGAGGUUUACGAGGACGGUCCCGAUUUUGCUUGGGCCGAGGGGGCAUGUGAAUUGCAUACCGAUGAACAAGGGGACGAGGUUGAGCGCUGGGGUUGCCGUCAGGGGGGCGGCGUUGGGCGAGAAGGAGGUUGACGGGCCUGGGAAGGGGGAUAAUGAGGGGCGAAGAAAAGAGUUGGAUGUCGGGUUGUAUAAAGACUACACUCCGGAGGCGAGGGCCAUUGUCGAGUUGGUGGCGAGGGACACGUCGGCUAGCUGGGCGGUGGGGGAUCAUGAUAACGCGCCGGUGUACUUCAAGGGGAGGGUGGCCAUGCUGGGGGAUGCCGCUCAUGCUAGUCUGCCGUUUGCUGGGAAUGGGGCCGCGCAGGCGUUGGAGGAUGCUGCGGUGCUGGAUCAUCUGUUUGAGAGGGUGAAGCAGCCGAGCCAGAUUGAGGCGGCACUGGGUGCGUAUGAUGCUGUUAGGCGGCCGAGGUCUCAGGAUGUUGUUGGCGUGGCGAGAAUGCUUGGACGCGCUUAUGCCUUUGCCGAGAGGGAUAUCCAUGAGGACCCGAAGAAGGCUAGGGUCUUUUUUACACAGGCUGGGCGGUUCACCAACGAGGCGGAUUUGACGCGGCAGAAUGAGGAAGCCAUGGCCAAGAUGGAGGAUAGUGUGAGGGGGGUUUCAAAGAACAACUAG